CUUUUGUAUAGAAGGUAGUAUUUAGUUUUCAAUCUUGGUAUGCCGAAUUUUAAAGUAAAAGUAAAAUGGGGCCGCGAAGUUUAUCCGGACAUCGAUGUGAAUACGGAUGAAAAUCCAAUAUUAUUUAAAGCGCAACUAUUUGCGCUCACAGGGGUUGAGCCGGAGCGCCAAAAAAUUAUGUGUAAAGGCGGUAUAUUGAAGGAUGAGGAGUGGAAUUUAGAGCUUAAAAAUGGGGCUAUAGUUUUGAUGUUGGGUAGUAAGGAAAAAGUGCCGGAAGUGCCUACAAUGCCAGUCAAAUUCAUUGAGGAUAUGAACGAGAUGGAAGCUUCUGCUGCAAUGCAAAUGCCAGCGGGGUUAACAAAUCUUGGAAACACGUGCUAUAUGAACGCUACUGUCCAAUGUUUAAGGGCGGUUCCUGAGCUUCGAAAAGCACUGGAUAACUUUCGGGAUGACGGAUCUGCCUCUGCGUCGUCAGCUCUUGCUAUCUCCUCUGCAAUGAGAAUCAUAUUCGCUCAAAUGGAAAAGGGUACUUGUAUUACGCCAAUUGUCCUGUUGCAGGCCUUACAUCGAGCAUCACCACAAUUUGCUCAGACAGGAGAGAAUGGCACAUAUAGACAACAGGAUGCCAACGAGUGUUGGUCAGAGAUUUUGAAAAUGUUGCAGCAAAAACUGCAGCCACUGACCCCUUUAAACAAUGUUACUCAGAAAGCUUCGCACAGUUCUUUUAUUCAACAAUUUUUUGGCGGAACAUUUGAAGUAAAAAUGUGUUCGGACGAAGCACCUGAUGAAGAGGCCACCGUCACAUCAGAGCCAUUUUUGCAGCUCAGCUGUUUUAUAUCAACAGAAGUUAAGUAUAUGCAAAGUGGCUUGAAAUCGAAAAUGAAGGAACAGUUGGUAAAGAAUUCUAAAACUUUAGGACGAGAUGCACAAUAUACCAGAACUUAUCUAGUCAGUAGACUUCCCGCUUAUCUAACAGUUCAAUUUGUGCGUUUUCAAUUCAAAGGGAAGGAAGGUAUUAAUGCUAAAGUUUUGAAAGAUAUUAAGUUUCCAAUUGAUUUUGAUGCCUUUGAAUUGUGUACGCCUGAGUUGCAAAAGAAGUUGUGCCCAAUGCGUGAAAAGUUCAAAGAAUUUGAAGAUAAAAAAAUGGACGUUGAUACGAAAUUAAAUAAAAUAACUACUUAUGAGGAAGUCAAGGAUGAAAACGCUGAUAAAUAUGAACAAUUCUGGUUUGAUGAUGAUAUGGGAAGCAACAAUUCUGGCUACUAUACUCUGAAAGCUGUGUUGACCCACAAGGGUCGGUCAAGUUCGUCCGGGCAUUAUGUUGCUUGGGUACGGUCCAAUGGUGAUGUAUGGUUUAAAUUUGACGACGACGAUGUGACAUCUGUAACUACUGAUGAAAUUCUACGACUUUCUGGUGGUGGAGAUUGGCAUUGUGCUUACGUCCUGCUUUAUGGACCUAAACAAUUGGAAAAGCCCUACGAAAAAAUGUAGUUCUUUACGAAAUGUUUAUACAAUUAUAAAAAUUAUGUAAUACACACACACAUACAUAUGUACCACUUUGGCGUAAAA